AUGUCAGACACUCAAUCAAAAAUCGAUUCAUUGCAAGAAUUAAAUUCUCAACUCAUUGCCACGAUUGCUGAGCUUAGAAAGGAGCAUGCUGACGUCAAGGCUGAGAAUACAAAAUUAAAACAAGAUAAAGAAGAAAUCGAAGCCAGAAUCGUGGACUGGAAACCAAGUCCAAGACUUAUCACAAUUUCAUGA